UAUCCACUCACUCAAUCUUUCUCAUCCCUCUCCCCCCGCAUCCACAUCGCGCAUCGACGGCAACCGCACGUCGAGGAGCUCCGCGACAGCCGCGCAACUUCGCCCGCCGACCACGGCAUCCAUCGCCUGCAUCGAAGGUUGUCUCGCGAUGAAUAUUCCCGCCGGUCCCGCGGCGGCCUUGGCUGCAGGACGACGACAGGUCCCUGGCGGCGGACGCUGAAGUAAGAGGACCAGGCCCCAACGACGGUGGCCUCGAGCGCAGGGAUAAGCGCAGGGACGCCUGACGUGUCCUUUGCCGCCGCGCGCUAUCUCUUCCGACCGGUGCUGGGGAUCCGGGUCCUCCUCAUCCACGGCGGCCCCGCGCCUCGCGCCCCUUCCGGCGGUCUGGGUGAAGGUGGACGGGCCCAAGAAACAGGGGAGCAGUCGACGCCGACGCCUCCCAAAUCCAUGGCAAACCGCGGCGGCGCGGCGCGGUGGUUCUUAGAGGACGAGGAAGCAGGCGGCGACAACGGAAUUGAGGCCGGCGGAGGCUCCGUCUCCACACGCGGUGGUCGUGGUGAACGCUAGGUGCCCCUGCUCCUUUCUCCUCGUAAGGACAACACUGCGCCCAUGGCCUGCUAGUCGUGCCAACACGGCCGAUGUUGGCCCCAUCCCCUACGUACAGGUCUUCGAGGUGUUCCACUGGAUCAACGACACGGGCGCAAGGUCAGCAGACCGGCUGCGAGGCAGGUGACAGAGAGUGUGAUAGAGAGGUACUGGCAGCAGCCUCCACCGACGGGCAGCUCGAUGUUAUUCCUGGUAUUGUUGUGAGGAGUUUGAAGGAGUUUGUGACUUUUCCUAGAACUGGCAUUUUAACUAUUGAAGUUACUCUGGAAUUUGGUGAUGAUGAUAUAUAUGUGAGCACUCCUUGCUCCUACUUCAUUGGUUUGGGUAAUAGAAUGGUGUUCAAACAGGAAGGUUUCAGUGAUUUUCUCCAGGCAUCGUCUCUUGAAGUAAACAGCCAGGUGCUGAUAACUUUCAAACAGCGUGUUGGGAGGCUUGUUGUUAUCUUCAAUCUUCUGCCGCAGUGAUGUUAAUUAUAGCCUUUGAACAUAAUGGAUUUUGUUUAAAAAUCUAUGCUGCGGUUUAAUGUUAUUUAGAUAUAUGAGACGGCAUGAACCUAACUGUUCAUUGCUGUUGUUCGUUUGUAGAAGAGGCAUGGUUGUGCAUCUCUUUUAAAGAUGUUUUUUGGACGGAUGUUAUUUAAUUGUGCUCAUAGUUAUAAAUACAGUAGAGGCACGUGUGUUGUUUA